AUCAAAAGCAAAAUUCUUUUUCCUUCAGACUUCAAAAUAUCGAAACCAGAGAAAAUGAUUGCAAGAUUCUACAUUAAAGAGCCUGCCAUAUUUUACUUAAAAAGAUUUUUUAGCAGAUCAUCUAUAUUUAAUCAUGAGAACCCCUUAGGUUUGCCCAAAAAGUCGCCAAAAAUUCCUCGAAUGUCAAGAGGUUUGCCAGUAAGACAACACAUUCCUCAUGUAAAAAAAGUAAUACUUAUUUCUUCUGCCAAAGGUGGUGUAGGAAAAUCGACGGUUUCUUCGAACAUUGCUUUAUCUCUACAAAAAUUGGGGAAAAAUGUUGGUUUGUUAGAUGCUGAUUUAUUUGGCCCCUCAGUACCUAAACUAUUCAAUCUCUCAGGAGAACCUCGAAUAUCAGAUUCUGGCAAGCUAUUGCCUCUAACAAAUUAUGGCUUACAAACAAUGUCAAUGGGUUAUCUUAUUCCCAGCGAGAAAUCUGCAGUCGUCUGGAGAGGAAUGAUGGUGAUAAAGGCAUUACAACAACUUCUAUUUGAGGUAGAAUGGAAUAACAUAGAUAUUCUAGUGAUAGACAUGCCCCCAGGCACUGGUGAUACCCAACUAACAAUAAGUCAGCAGGUCAAGGUGAAUGGAGCAGUUAUUGUCUCGACUCCUCAAGAUAUAGCUCUAAUUGAUGCCAUAAAAGGAAUCACAAUGUUCAACAAGGUCAAUAUUCCAAUCUUGGGAUUGGUCCAAAACAUGAGUUUUUAUGUCUGCCCAAACUGCAAUCAUGAAUCUCAUAUUUUCGGCAACGAUGGCGUCAAAAGAGAAGCUGAGAAGCAGCAGUUGGAUAUUCUAGGUUCUAUUCCCAUCAACGAGAAAAUCUGUCGCCAGUCAGAUUUGGGCAAACCAAUUGUUAUUUCUGAUCCAGACUCUCCCUCUGCUGCUUUUUAUGUUGAAAUUGCUCAAAAAAUCCUUCAGAAGCUUGAAAAAUAA